CUCCCUCUUUCUCUCGCAUGCUCUCUGCUAGACCCGAACGACGACGGCAGGGGCUCCGGGAAUGGUGGUCGACGGCGGCAGGGGGCUCGGGGCUUGGCUCGACAGCAACGACUGGUGGCUCAGGGUUGGGCUUGACAACAAUGACUGGUGGCUCGGGGGCUGGGCUCGACGACGGGUGGGGGUUCUCGGGUCUGGGCUCGACGGCGCAGGGGCUGGGCAGAGGGAUGGGCUCUCCUAUCUCUCCAUGAAUACAAACCCAUUUCAGCUCAAGAUCUGUUCCAUUUUCAAGGGAAAUUUUUUGGUGAAAAUAGCUUCUCUCUCAGAUGCUCUAUCUCUCUCAUAUCAGACAAUUAUAGAACCUGGCUUCACAUUUAUGGCUGCUAAUUUUGAUGGAAUACUUGGACUUGGAUUUCAAGAGAUCUUGGUUGGAAAUGUUGUUCAGGUAAAUCUAUCUAUCUCAACCUCUAAACAUGCUGUAAAACUUCAAUUGAAUAUUCAAUCCAUGUUGUAAAAUGUUUAAUGAGAUUUAUAACCUCCUAAUAAUAAAGUAUUAUAACUUAACUUGUGGAUUUUUCUUAGCAGUUAUGGUAAUGAAUUGCCCUGUUUCUCUCUUUUGUGAAAUGAGAUUUAUAACCAUUUAUUUUGACUUAUCUUUUGUUUUGCAAUAGGAAAGGGAUGACUAAAGUGUGAUAAGUGCUUUUACGAGUGCUUUUUCUAUAUACACAUAUUAGGUCUACUUGCACCCAACAUUUGAUGUCAAAUUAAUGAUAUAAAUUAUUUACUCUUAUUAUAGCUGACAUCCAUCAUAUAGUAUUGUAAUUGAUUCUCUUUGCAAAAUGGAGAAAACUUAAAGAGUUAUAUGAACUGAUGUUAUCGAACAGGGUUCUACCAGAUUCACUUUGAUCGAAGGCUAUAUGAAGGUUGUUAAAACACAAGUGUUAAUACAGAGUUCUCAUCAUAUAGUUUAUGUUCCAUAAUUAGCAUUAUACAAAAUAGGUAAUAAGUGGUUGCAUUACCCAGUUUGAUUGUGUUGUGUGUACCAAGACAUGAGAAAUCAAGUACAACAAAGGAUAACAUAUAUAAUUCAAUCAGAAAGGUACUUCAGUAAGUUGUAAUUCACUUAAAUCAUCCAAUUAUCUUUGCUUUGCUUUGCAGUAUCAAUAAGCUUUUAAUUCCUAGUAGUUUGAAAUUCUUUGCAAUGCUUUGUCUUAGGUUUUGUUUUGUGGAGAAAUUAUUAACUUAGAUUGAUUGAUCAACAAAAUUAGUCCUUACAAUAUCUUUUUUCUUUAUUUAAUUAAUGCAUGUAAUUUUACUGAUUUUUCCUAUAUUUAAAAUGCUGGGUUGUAAAUUCUUUUCAGAUGGUUGGCUCUCAUCAUUUUACUGAUUUUUUUUUCUUGUUCAUCUUACGCUUAAACUUUUUCCUUUUUCUUUUGGCAGCUACAAGACAAUUCAAAAUCUUCUUCAAGAGAAGUGGAAGUGAAGUUUCAACUCACUAAAGAUACACUUGAUGCUGUGUUGAGGUCAAUGACUUACAUUAAUGAUCAUCUCUCUGGAAUGGUAAGCUAAGCUGGAUGUUUUUCAUUGACAAUAUUAGGCUUUCAUACUAGUUAGUAGUUUGGAUUCUUUCUUUUGAUAAACAAAUGCAUGCAUUCUUUCUUUGUUGCAUUAUAACUUUAAAUUGACAUUCAUAUGAAGUGUAUUUUGCUUAUGCUUUAAUGGCUUUAUACUUGUGUUUCACUA